UCUGAUCCCAAUAACAACAAUAAUAAACAUCCAAUUGGCAGCGAAGAGUGGAUGCGUCAGCGUCGCGAAAACCAUCGCGAGGUUGAGCGCAAACGGCGUGAAACCAUCAGUGAUGGUAUCGCAGAGUUGGCUAAACUUGUUCCCGACGGAGACAAGAACAAGGGAAGUGUAUUACAGCGUGCUGUUCAGUAUAUUAUGAAUUUGAAACAACAGGAGAUUUCCAACAAUGAACAAUGGGCAAUGGAGAAAAACAUGUUGGAGCAGAUGCUGUCCGAUGUAACCAAGCAAAACGAAAUCUUAAAAGAAGAU